AUGAUUCGAAAGAAACAAUCGAACAACCAAACCAGCACAAGCGACGGCGAGGCCAAACAACAACCAGACAAGCAGAAGCGGCCAGCAGAAGAAGACAAGGAAAAGGAAGACAUCACACAACAUCCAGACAGCAAGCAGAUAUCAAGGCAACAACCGUCGAUGCAAGUGUCCGCCGCCAACGCUUCCGCCUCGCGGCAUGCCCCCGAUGGCCAGCCAUCCCCAGCCAACUCGGCCUCCGCAACGCCCACGAACAACUCGCCCUCCUCGCCAGGGCCGAUGAGCGCGCAGCCUCAGCUCCCUCAUCAGCCUCUCCAGGGCCAGUCGCGCCAGCUGCGGCCGCUCAAGACGCCUCUCUACGUCCCCGCGGCGCUGCGUCGAACCGAGAGGCCUCCAAAGCCCUCGCCUCUCACGCCGCCGCGCAGCGUCCACGGCUCUGUCGACGGCCAGGACGGGCAAGACGGCAGCAUCACGCCUACAGAAAACCUAUCUCGCCGGUCGACAGUCGACAGCACUCGCAGCGGCGUCAGCAGGCUCGCCCAGGACGAGUGGCUGCGGGACCAGAAUCUUGGGGAGGUCACUGGCUCGCCUACUAGGGAGCACUGGAAGGUAGAUCCCCCCCCUUAUCUCAACAUACGUACCUUGAUAUACCGGGUACAAGAAUUUCACCCGGAUGGCAUCCCCUCACGCAGCUGCGACCUUUGCUGGGCUGCCUACCGCCGCUGGGAGCAGGCUCGCACCGACCAGCUCAACCAGAUUCAGCACAACUUGAUCGCCAACCUCAAUGCCCCCGAGCGCAGCCGGGGAUGGGCCAUAGAGGCUGACCGGCUAAGCAUUGCCGACCCAGACGCAGAUUCAGAUGAGAAUCAGGACGGUAUGAUUGCCACCAGUGUACCCAGGGACUGGAGCUGGAGCACCUUCUAG